AUGGUGUGCUGUGCCACCUCCGGCGGACGUCCGGCGCGGUUAAACUCCGCUUUUGUGGUUGAGAAGCUCAUUGGCUGGAAGCAUAACUCCGGUCUGAUCAAUGAUACUGACAGAGAAUCUGGACGGCCUAGGGCUCCAUUCCCCGGACUAAUAGCUAAUCCGAGGGUAGUCCCGUGGUUGGAUUUGCGGCGAGUGGGGCCGGAGCUAAGCCUAAAGGAGAGCGGGGAUGAGUUGAGUCUAGACAAGAACUCGAAUGUCAGCAUCUUCUUUCUUCGUUCUUUCUUUCCACAACCUGAUCGGAAGUAUCGCGUCACGGUUAAUGUCAGUAUCGCGCCUUGA